AGACACAUUAACAAGUCGACCAUCCGACGUGGUAACAACCAACCACUGGUUACUUGCCACGUGUUCCCCGCCAUGCCUUUAAAACUUUUCGCACCCGGGCUGUCUCCCCUCCUCUGCCUCUCUAGUCUCUCCUCCCCGAAUUACCCAGAAAUAGUUUACAUAGCUAAACCAACCUAAAACCUCUCUCUCUCUCGUAACGAUGCCUUUUUGCACGACUGGGACACAACCAGGCGGUGCAGACGCAGAGCUCAACGACAAUGGAGUCAAAAUCUUUUACAGAACCUACGGUCAGGGACCCACAAAGAUCCUCCUCAUAAUAGGAUUGGCAGGGACCCACGAUUCAUGGGGUCCACAGAUCAAGGGGCUAGUGGGAACCGAUACGCCCAAUGACGAUGAAACGAGAACCGGCGAUUGGAAUUCAGAUGACAAUGAGAGUGGCAGUGGUAUCCAGAUAUGUGCGUUUGACAACCGUGGAAUGGGUCGGAGCUCCGUACCCACCAAAAAAUCUGAAUACACAACAAAGAUUAUGGCGAAGGAUGCAAUUGCGAUGUUGGAUCAUUUGGGGUGGGAAAGUGCCCAUGUUUUUGGACAUUCAAUGGGAGCUAUGAUAGCUUGCAAGUUAGCAGCAAUGGUGCCCGAAAGAGUGCUGUCAUUGGCUUUACUUAAUGUAACAGGUGGAGGCUUUGAAUGUUUUCCGAAGCUCGAUCGACAAACAUUAUCAAUUGCAAUCCGUUUCUUACGGGCCAAAACUCCCGAGCAACGAGCAGCUGUUGACUUGGACACCCACUACUCAAAGCGGGAAUAUCUUGAGGAGUAUGUUGGGCCAAACACAAGAAAAACAAUUUUAUAUCAAGAAUAUGUAAGAUGUAUAUCAGCAACUGGAAUGCAGUCUAACAAUGGUUUUGAGGGUCAAGUCAAUGCUUGCUGGACACAUAAAAUGACACGAUUGGAAAUUGAACGGAUCCAUUCUGCUGGAUUUCUUGUUUCAGUCAUUCAUGGCAGGCAUGAUAUAAUUGCUCAACUAUAUUAUGCGCGGAGACUUGCAGAGAAGCUACAGCCUGUUGCUAGAAUGAUAGAACUUCAUGGAGGUCAUCUAGUGAGCCACGAGAGGACCGAAGAGGUCAAUCAAGCACUUCUUGAACUGAUAAAGGCAUCAGAAGUGAAGAUCAAUCCUCACGAAUGGACUAAUUUGCCAAAGAAAACUUCUGGGUGGAUAGGAACAAGGAUGGCGUUAAUCAGAGUAAACAUGGAGGGGGGAAGCAAUGUCUCUUUCCCGUUUUACUUGCUAUCACAGCUGCAUAUUUUUCUCUUAUACCUCUUUGGUCUCUUUUUUAUGGUAUUCGAGUAUGGAAGAAGGGCUCUAAAAGGUUUUAAAACAGUUAGAGUUGGACCUUCUUUGGCAUUACCUAAUGGUGAAUGAUCCCUUAUUUCUUACUGGGUUUUAUUGAUUUGUCACCCUUCCUCAUUACCAUACCUACCAAGUAAAACAGGUUAUGGAUAGCACGAUUCUGGAAAUAACAUUUGUAACAAGAUGCAAGGACUCUGUACUCGGGAAUCUACAUUUUCAAAGCAGUUGGAGGCACAAAAAAUGUUGGGAAAUUGGGACCCCAAAAUUUAGGCAGAUCCCUCUCCCCAUGUCUUCAAUUCAUUCUUCUUGCAAACGAUUAUGCUAACAAAUCCCUCUGUAUCUACAACAUAUUUUUUGAGUGAAAUUUAAAAGCGAGAAGAUUAAUCACUCUCUUUGUUUCGAAUCCUUCUGCUUCUUGACAUACAAAAUAGAUUACAGUUUUUAGAAUCUUUACAGCAGAACUGCAACUGAUGGAACUUAAAACAAGUAACCUACAUAUUAAACUGUGCUUAUCGAGGACAACAGAGAAAUUUAUAAAAAUAAAAAAAUAGAAGUGAUUUGGUUCAGUAUUUUGUUUUUAUAGGCAUGUUUGCGACAAAUAUAUACAAAAGAGCCAACAGAGUUCUGUAUGAAGAGUAGCAAAAACAUGGUAAAGCCAGAUAUCAAGCACUUCCAGAUACUAUUUGAUUCAGGCGAUCUAAUCACGACCUAUAAGUUAUGGUGGAUCAAACCAAUGAUUCAGAAUUUUGUGCGACAAUAAACUUUUGUUUCGAAGAAAACAGUUGUGGAAAGGCCAACCCAAGACAAGAAAAAUUCAACAAAUUCCCAUACACAAAGAUAGUAAUAUCACAACAAAAAUCACGAGAGAGAGAGAGAGAAAACUUGCCUGGCAAUUCUUUCUGAAAGAUGAAGGAACAUCAAUUCCAUUGAAGCUGCUAGUGUGUUGUCUGCUGAGAAAAAGCAGCAAAAGUCUAAAGAAAGGUUGAUAGAGAGAGAGAGAAUCUAUUGGUGGCGGUGAGAAUCUAUUGUCGAUGUGAAAUAUAC